AUGGCUGCCCCGAUUUUGGACCGAGAGAAUCUGCACCUCGCAGCGACAACGUCCCUCGAGGACUGCGACGCAGGAGAGACAGCCGCCAUGUCUGACAGCAAGCAGGAGGGCCCUGGUGCCAGGGAGCCAGCCUGCAUGCUGUGUCGCCGUGCCGAGGCUGACCCGGACAUGUGCGGUGACAAACUGCAGAAGGGUGGGCUCUGUGCCCACGUGUUCUGCCUGCUCUUUGCCAGUCUGCUAUUUCGGCAAGAGAAACGCCACGUUGGAGUGAUGGACUUUCUCCCACGAGAUCUGCUAAUUGCAGUGCGGCGGGCAGCACAGAAGCGCUGCUGCGUCUGCGGCCAGAGCGGGGCAACCAUCAUGUGCUGCACGGAGGACUGUGACAGAUGGUUCCACCUGCCCUGUGCCAAGGAGGGCGGCUGUGUCAAUGUAUACCUUAUUCCGUUCAGGUCCUUCUGCCCUGAGCACCGUCCAGAGCAGAUGGUGGAGGCGACUCCUGAGCCGGACACCGUUUGCAUCAUCUGCCUGGAGCCUGUGGAGGACAGAAAGACCUUCACAACCCUGGUGUGCCCAACGUGCAAAAGGGCCUGGUUCCACAGGGACUGCAUCCAGGUAGGGCCCUUCGCUCAGCCCCGGGGCACAGCAGGUGCUCAGCAGCAGCACAGGGCCUCGCUCACCCUGCCUCUGUUUGCCCUGCAGGGACAGGCCUUGUGCGCUGGUGCUUUGUAUUUCCAGUGCCCGCUGUGCAGAGACAGCAGGGAAUUCCCUGUUGAAAUGUUCAUUAUGGGGAUCCGAGUCCCCUUCAGAGACCCAACAUGGGAGGACAACGAUGCCUUCGCAGAUCUAGGAGUGAGGCACGGCCAGUGCAAUGCCAGGGAUUGCCUUUACCCUGGGGGCAGGGAGGAGGCAGAGGAACAGGGGCCCUGGCAAUUGCUCCUGUGCUCCUCCUGUGCUGCUGAGGGCACCCACAGGCGCUGCUCUGGCCUGAGGAACAGCACACAGAGAUGGGAGUGUGACAGCUGUGCUGGGCUCGGAACAUCCGCCCGGGAUGAGACAGAGCUCAAUGGCCCCAGGCCGGCCAGACAAGACGGGCAGCCACAGCAGGCCCCACCACACAGCAUGGCAGCAGGCGCUGCCAUCUUCCUCACUGGACACCAGCAGCAUCAGCAGAUCAAGGGCAACACGCAGCACGUCCCCGGACCCUGA